AUGUCCAACCGUCGCGACCGCGGCACGACAGUUAUUACCCCUGAGGAGCGCAUUCGACGCGUUCAGGAGGCCAAGAAUCACAUCCGCGAAGCGGCUACCUACACUCCCGCCCUCUUGGGCCGGAUCGAGUCUCGGAUUGAUGCCAACGCCUUCCGCCGUUGCAUCUCGGACAAUACCAUCUACCAGUCGCUCUGCAAUUCCCUCAAGGACAAGAAUCUCCCCGAGCGAGAGCGCCGCCCAGACCUCGUCGACUUCCUCGCCCUCGAGGCCAUAGUCCCCGUCAACUAUGACGGCGAGUACAACCGCGUCCUUAAAGACCUUUUCAUCCGUUGUCACACCGAGGCUUGGGUCGAGAAAGCCGUUCUCGAGGCUAAUCACGAGUGGUACCACGAUGCCCUCAAUGGGGCCCGCAACUUCAUCAAGACCCUUAUCACCAAGAUUGACUCUCAGCUCCUUGAGAUCAUUCUUGAGGAUAUCGAGACUAGCUUCUGGCGCGAGAACGUAACCGACCACACUCUCUAUCGCCGCGUCCUUGACAAGGUCUCUAAGGGUCAGACCCUCACUCAGCGCGAUGUUCUCACUGCUAUCGCCCUCAACGGUGGAAAGUAUCCAACCGAGAUCUUCCGUCACCUCGUUGUCCACCAGAACUCCAACAUGCUCAGUUGGGGCAACAACAUCAGCGCCCAGCACGCCCUCUACGAAGACGAGGAAUUCCAAGACGUCCGUGCCGGUGCCACCAUCUACAGCGAGACCAUCGCAAAUCUUGAAUCCUUCGCGGACGCCAUGCAGAAUAAUCACAAGAGCCACGAGAUCCGGAAGAAGAUCCGUGAGAUAAAAGAGCUCAUGAAGGACGGCAUGGGCGUCCUUCGCCACACUCAGGGUGGCCGCGUCCAGAAAGCCACCAGCCGCAGCUACGGCCAGCGUGCCAGCAUGGGACGUGAAGUCAUUCGGUCUCGCCGUGACUCGGUGGCAUCCAGCUCUUCCGGCCUUUUUAUUCGCCCAGAGUCUGAAGGCUACGACGGAUACCACAAUGGAGAACGGGGAAAGCUAGACGGCGCCGAUGACUUCGGUUCAAACUAUAGAGAGGGGAAACAGGACAGUGCUUACGUUAAGAGAGAGGAACCUGGCCCCUCUGCUGAUAAAUCCCACGGUCACUCUAUCUAG